GUGCAUUUGAGAGCCCGUCGCUGAUUGGCCAACCGCCGCUGAGGGAGAUUUAACCAGCAGAAUCAAAACAAACACGAUUAAACAGGCUGAUGUCGAACCUGCAGUCGUCAGAUUGAAAAUGGAUCUCAAAGCAUGGAGGCCAAGGGUAUCUGACGCAAGUUCUAGUGGGGUUGAGUCGUCUAAUAUUCUGAGCUCAGCAGAAAAUUCUCCUGAUGUGAUUCCUGCAAGCCCUGGGAGCCCAGAUGGCAUUCCUGAUACACCAAAGACUACCCGUGGAAUCUUCCAGCAGAGGAGCAGGCAGUACCACUCAUCGCAAAGUUCUCGGGCAUCGUCUUUAAGGUCUGAAAGCGGACCAGUAUCUGUACCAGACUCGGAUGAGGAUGAGAAUGUCAGCUAUGCCAAGAAUGGAGCCAAUGUCAUCACUGAGUCGGAAGAUGAUACCAGUACAUACAUAUCCGAUGAUUCGGCUGUCGGUGGUUCACACUUCCAUGAGUUUGUUGUCAAGUCAAAUCCCGCGAGAGUUUCGCGGAAUACUCCUAAAGUGGAAGCCUCAAGGACGCAUCAGAUGGAGACAGGAUCAACCCCUUCCUCAGACACUCCAACCCUUCCAUCAUGUGGUGGUAUCAAUUCCAAGAUAGAAGGUGGAAUGAUGGCUAGUACUCCAACUCUUGACCCCACGACACCGCUAAACACAUGGAGGAAAUCUGCUGCCAACGUAAUCUCUGACGAUGAAGACGGAGAAAGUCCCAUUCCACAGCCAUAUCAGAGAAAAAAUAAAGCUGUGGUGGAAUCAGACUCAGAUUCAGAAUCAGAUGUGAGUCAUCAUUUAAAGUACAGGCAGGAGAGAAAGUGGAAAAGCAAAGAGAAUGAUAGCAGGUCAAGGACUGAAGGAACUGGCAGAUAUAAAAGUUCCUCUGAUGUACAGGAUGGCAAGGGGAUGCAUCCAGCUAAUAGACAUGUUGUUGAUUUGGUCAGUGAUGCAGAGAGUCCAAUUCCCCAGUUUAUUAGAAGGAAGAAGGCAACUGUUAUUGAUAGUGACAGCCAAGAAGAAUCUCCAUUAAAGAAUAUCUCAGAACAGGAACCUGACUCCAGUGGAGUUUUAGAAGGCACUAAUGAUUCUAUUGUAUCUCCAUCAUCUCCAGAGAAUGAAAAAUCCUUAACCCCCCAGCAAAAAUAUGGGCAUCGUUUCAAGAUCAAAAAGAGAACACCGCAGAAACAAGAAUCAUUUACUGCAUCCGUGAGUCAGACAAACUUUGAAGACUCUGUUUCUUCAGUUAAUAAGUCAGUCAGUAUUUUGGAGGUGUCAAAUGCAUCAGCUGGCAAUACAAGUGGAAGGAGCCUUACCUCAGGCAUGUCAGUGUCAGAUAUGGAUGCAAAUGAAUUACAGAGAAAGCUGAAACAAAUGAAGUUGGUGAUGCGGACAGGCAACAUGGCAGCUCUUCCAGACAAGGGUGAAAAAUUAAAGGCCAAGAUUCGUUCCUUAGAAGAUGCCUUGGCAAAUCUGAGUGUCAACAGCAUCCAGGAUGUAUCAAGCCAUAAAGGAAGCCCCAAUAACUCUCAAGAUAUAUCUGCAACAUCAAGUAGCGGUGAAAGUUCUAUACAUGAAGUGUCAAACUCCUCUGCAUCGUCAGUGAAGAGUGUUUCAGAGCCAAGCUUGAAUGAACUGGAGAGGAAACUGAGACAGAAAAAGAUGGAGUAUGAUGAUGCCAGAAGGAUGUCCAGGCCUGAGAAGGAAACAAAAUUACGAAAACAAAUAGCACAAUUGGAAGAGGAUAUUGCUCGCAAAAAAGGCUUAGAUGUGCACAGGUUUGACUACCAGAAUUCUCAGCAACGCAAGACUGUAGAUCCUGUAGAAAGAAGCCAGACAGAAAAUAAAUUAGAAGCUACAAAGAAAAAGUUGAAUGAAAUCAAGAUGAUCUAUCGGGCAGCUAAUCCAAGAGCUCUACCAGAUGGAGGAUUGAAACUCCGUCAGAGAAUUACAGAACUUGAGAAGGAAGUGAUGAUGAUGGAACUGAAAGCCAACAUUAAUACGGAAACAGAUCUCAAGAUUAUGAAGGGACCAGAGCCACAGUACCGUCAGACGAAGCUCUUGGAAUACUCUAAAUUGCCACCACCUAUCAAGAAAGCAGACCCACAGCAGUUACUUCCUCAGCAUGUGCUUGAUGCUCUCUACAGUGCAGACAAAGAUUACAAUGCCAGGAAUUAUGGUGGGAAGAUCUCCUCAGCCCGUGAGCGUGAGAUGGUGCGGCUCACAAGUGAUGCAAUUGAAGGCCUCCACAAGGCCAUCAAAGCUGCCCCUGAUGUAGAUACUGUUGAGGAGGAACAGCCACGUAGCCUUAAAGCUACACUAAUGCCCCAUCAGCGCCGUGCCCUUGCUUGGUUGCUCUGGAGGGAGAGGCAGCUCCCACCUGGUGGUAUCCUUGCUGAUGACAUGGGUCUGGGUAAAACCCUGACCAUGAUCUCACUUUUGCUCCGUCACCGAGAAUUGGUUAGGGAAGGAGUGAUUGCAGAAGACUUUUCAUCCCUCCAAGAGUCUGAUCAUGAAGGUGGAGAAAGUCAAGAGGAGGAUGGAUGGAUAAAGAAGGGGAAAGCCAAAAAAACAUCCCUUGUUCCUUCUCAUGGGACAUUGGUGGUAUGCCCUGCAUCCUUACUUGGCCAGUGGAAAGGGGAGACGCAAAAGCACGUGGCCAAGGGCAAAUUGAAGUGUCUUGUUUAUCAUGGCACCAGUAGGGAUUUAGACAUCCAUGCCUUAGCACACUAUGACAUUGUGGUUACAACAUACCAGCUGGUUAUGAAAGAAGCUUUUCCAACUGGAAAAGAAAAAUUUGAAAAGAGCAACAAAGAUGAUGUGCCAAAGAUAAAGGCUAAAGAUCAGGGUCGCCUCUUUAGGAUUGGCUGGUCUAGGAUUAUUCUUGACGAAGGGCAUCAAAUCCGAAACCACAAGAGUCAAACGGCUAAAGCUGUCUGCUUGCUCCGUGGAGGCAGGCGAUGGAUACUCACAGGAACCCCUGUGCAAAAUAAAGAGAUGGAUCUGUAUUCCCUCUUGCGGUUCCUGAGAGUUUCUCCCUUUGAUGAAUAUACAUGUUGGAAGCUACAGGUCUCAAACAACAGUGCUCAGGGAAUGCGUCGAUUAGGGCUUCUUACCAAGGUCAUCAUGCUAAGGAGAACAAAAGAUCAGAUUGACCAGAAUACUGGUAAGAAGUUGGUGGAGUUGCCAGAAAAGAAAAUUGUCCAACAUGCACUGUCUCUCUCCCAACGUGAGAGGGAGGUCUAUGACAGGGUUUUCACUUUCUCUAGGUCUGCAUUGGUCCAGUACAUGAAGAGUAACGAAGAAAGAGAGCAAGACAAAAUGGAAAAAUGGGGUGGAAACAAACCAGCAGUUGUUGCAACAAAGAAAGAUGACAACAGAUUCACACCAACACUCACAGCUGACUCUGCAAUUGAAAAUGUUAAAGCUCAUCAUUUGCUGGUAUUGCUUCUUCGUUUGCGUCAGAUAUGCUGCCAUCCGUCUCUGAUUAAAGGGAUGGUGGAAACGGAGAAUAAUGACGCAGAUGGUUUGGAAAGCAGCACAAAGGAUAGUAUGGAACUGGACUUAGCUUCGCAGAUGGCAGAGAUGAGUCUUCUGAUGCCAAAUGAAGUAGAGGAGGAAGCUGAUAAUAAAGUGAAGAAAGAUGUUUUAAACAUCAAGAAUCCUGUCUUUUCUAGGAACUCUGUUAGCUCAAAAAUUGGGAAAAUCACUGAGGAGCUCUGCAGAUUGCGUGACAAAGGAACAAGAGAAAAGUCCGUCAUUGUCUCCCAGUGGACAUCCAUGUUACAAGUGGUUGAAAAACAUUUGGAAAAUGUUGGAAUUCGGUGCCUCACAAUAUCUGGUCAAGUUUUAGUCAAGGAAAGACCUGCUAUUGUUGAUGAUUUUAAUAAUAAUCCUAGAGGUGCACCAGUAAUGCUUUUAUCACUGGCUGCUGGAGGUGUUGGACUCAACUUAGUCGGGGCCAAUCAUUUGUUCUUGCUGGACAUGCAUUGGAAUCCACAGUUGGAGGCCCAAGCAUGUGACCGCAUCUAUCGUGUGGGGCAGACAAGAGAAGUUACUGUGCAUAGGUUUGUUGUGCAGAACACUGUUGAGGAACGAAUAUUGCAGCUCCAACAGAAAAAACUGCAGAUGGCAGAGGAUGUACUGUCUGGUGCUAAGCGAACUACCAGCAGUAAAUUGACCCUUGAGGAUAUGAAGUCCAUCUUCAAUGUACUCUGAAUCAAUUCCUUCAGGACUUUAAUAAAGUGGAUUAUUUUAAUUUGAAAUAAUAAAUGUUUGGGCUUAUAUUUUUCUCGCUGUAUAUAUACUUUUGAUAAUGAAGUAGACAUGUACAGAAAAUUUUUAAAAGUAGAAUAUUUGUAUUACAAAACCAGUGAAGUUUUUUUUUUUUUUUUUUUUUUUUUCUUUUUGUUCAUUUUGAAGAGCUUUCUUAUGUGUAAUUUUAUUUUCCAUUUAUAUCUUAUGUGAAGGUUUCUUAAAUAUGUAUUAAUUACAAAGUAUAUAAUUUUUUGCAGUUUGUAUCAUAUGAAUGUAACUGAAAAUAAUAGUACCUCAAUCUUUGAUGCGAGUAACAAAAUGUAACAUUGAAAAGAUGAAUAAAUGGUGUCAUAUUUUGGAUUAUAUAAACUUCAUUUACCUGGCAUUAAAUCCUUGGUGUAUUGAGUGGACAAAAUGCCUUGUGAAUGCCAAUGACGAAACUGUAUUGCUUUAACUUUUAUUAAAAGAUCAUACUUUUCUAUAGUACAGGUGGCUUUUAUUUUUAUAAACGUAAAUACAUUCAACCUGUGGACCUUUUUCAACAGGUAUAUUUUUAUUAUUACAUUAAUGUAUUGUUUUCUGUGAAAAAACAUUUAUAUCAAGUUCUGCCAAAAUUUGCUCUCAUAACCCAUCUAAGCCAAGGCACAUCUGUGGUCUGGUCACCAGGCUUGGUUCAUGCUGUCCAUGCACUACAAACUUGUUUGAACAUUGUUUAGAGCUCAGUCAUGCUGUUGAAAUAUCAAACAGUAUCAUAUGUCCACAGACAUGCCCUGAUCACUAGAAGGGAUAACCCCAGUGAAGUGUGGGUUUAUUACCUUUACAUUUAUUUUCUGUUACAAAACGUAUCUCAGACUGUCUUCCUUUAGUGUUUCAUUUACUUUAUAAAAAAUAAAGUGCCUGACUACUACUAGUUUUAAAAAUGAUUGACCAAAGACAAUUUAGCUUUUAUAAGAAUAAGAAUAAUGCACAUUCCUAGGAAUAUACAAAAAAUGUUUUUAAGCCUUUUACAUGUUUCCAUUCUUUAAAUAGGAAUUGAGUAUUAUGAAGAUAAUUUGCAUGCUAAGAACUUUAAUCAUUCCAAAAAAUAAAUUAACAAUACAUUACAGAAAAAAGGUAAUUUUUUUCUUACAGAAAACUUUAUUCCAAAACCUUCACAAAUAAAAGAUUUUACAAUGC